ACACAUGAGUACUUGGCUGGUUUAGGUUAUGAGUGUUGAAGGGGAAGUGCUCUAUCCCUCAUGAUGUCGUUGACUCGUUGUACUUAAUUUGUAUCUGCGACAAAUUCAGAAACACAGUGACAGUUUUUCUUUGGAAAUUCGUGUUUUCGGCUCGUCCUCCCUCCCUCCAGGCUCCAGAGCCUGCUGCCUCUCCAUGGCCUGGAUCUGGAUGGUCCCCGUGGCGGGAGCCGUGCUCCUGUGGGCGAUCUCUCUGGGGCGGAUCCUCUCCUACCCCGCGCCGUCCUGUGUGCCCCCGAGCCCGCAGUUCAUGCCCCCUCUCCGCGACGACAGGAGGAGCCGGAACGUGCUGCUGGUCGUCGCCCACCCCGACGACGAGUCCAUGUUCUUUGCCCCAACUAUUCUUUUCCUCAAGUCAAAAGGUCACAGCAUUCACAUUCUGUGCAUGUCUCGAGGUGAUGCUGAUGGUCUCGGAAAUACUCGUAAAGAAGAACUGUACCAUGCCUGUGACACCCUUAAGAUUCCACAUGAACAAGUUAAAGUCUUGGACCACCCAAAAUUGCAGGAUGGUUUUCAUGAGAAAUGGGACCAUGGGCUAGUAGCAGAACUUACUGUGCAGCAUGUCCAACUAUGGGGCAUUGACACGAUUGUGACAUUUGAUUCAUAUGGAGUAUCAGGGCACCCAAACCACAAAGAUCUUCAUCACGGCGUAUGCAAGUUUCUCCAUGCAAAUGGGCAAGGAAACGAUGAAACUUGGGAACUAGCAAGCCUGAAUAUUCUUCGCAAGUACAGUGGUCCUGUUGACAUAUGGCUUUCUUCCUUGAUAUCCUUCUCAAGGUCAAAGCAAUCAAUCUAUACUGUGGUUAACAGUAGACCGUCCAAAAGCUAUGAGGCAAUGGCUGCACACAGAAGUCAGUGGGUUUGGUUUAGAAGAUUGUUUGUCAUCUUCUCGAGCUAUACGUAUGCAAAUGUGCUAAAGAAAAUUUAACAUGUGAUCUAACGUCAUGUCAGAGCAAGUGAUCUGUCCGCGAUUCUCGUCUCCAGUGUCGUACUUGUACAUUGUCAAUUGUAAGGAAUUCAGUUGUACAUUUUCUGUCCAUAGCCAGUGCUCAUAGGGUGGCAGUUGGACUUAUUCCCAAUUUUGUAGUACUACAGUAUCUGUAAGUUCUCGGCACUUCAGUAGCUUAUGCGUGUGGUCAAACGAUUUCUGGUCCAAGUUUGACGUCCUUCAUGAA